CUCCAUACCACACGCACCGCACGCACCGCGCAACUCUUCCUUUCAAUCCCUCGGCUACAUAAUAAUACUACUCCUCUUAUACACAUGCGACAUCAUGCUUCAGACUUGUCCACUUCUUCGUCCGCGAAUGCCUUCGUCCACGACAUGACAACUUGCCUGAACUGCUACUCUGCUCUACAGACACUCCCUUGCUCUCGUCCUCGCUCUCGCACUCGCUGAACUUUGUCCAUGAUGAUGAUCCUCCACGUCCACUUACCUCCUAUUCGAUCCCUGUAUCCAUUCGUGUACUUCAUCGCUGUCGCCGCCCUGCUCGUAGUCGCCAAUUGUCGUCACCAUAAUCUGCUAUGCGUAACAACAGAUGCGAAUUCUUGCUCUGAGUCCUGGUCCUCACAAAAAUCGCUUGCUGGACGAGUUGAUGGCCAACGCGUCUUGGAUGAUGUCCCUCAUGUCCCACACCGCUCUCUGACUCCUGACGUCCUCGAUAAGCUGCUCUCUGCCCUUGACACACUGCAAUCUGCUUUCUUUCAAGUCUGGCUCGGUAUCUGGCCAGAUGCCAUCGAUUGGACCUCCGCAGUCAUGGGUGCACAUGUGUCUGCCGUCUUGUACACUCUAACUCGUGCCACAGAGUACACGCUACCCCAGCUAGGCAAUGUCGAAAAUACUGUCAACCGCUUCUACUCCCAGAUCGCUGCCUUUUACUUUGGCCAAAAUGCGUUUGCCCUUAGGACUCAAGCAUACGAUGACAUGCUUUGGGUAGUGCUCGGUUGGCUCGAGCCUGUCAAGCUCAUGAGGACACAUUCCGACCGCCACUUUCCACAUCCACAUUCAUGGCACGGAACCCAGUACCAAGCGGCCUUUGCCCAUCGCGCCAAUUUGUUCUGGGAACUGGCCGCCGACGGAUGGGACACAACACUCUGUGGCGGAGGUAUGGUCUGGAGUCCAUACCUUGAGCCUUAUAAGAAUGCCAUUACAAACCAACUGUAUAUCACAGCUUCGGCUGCCAUGUAUCUGCACUUUCCUGGAGACGAUAACACGUCUCCGUUCGCCAGGGGUAAUGACAGAUCCCGCCAAGGGGAUAAGGGACCCUACGACAAACGUUAUCUUGAUGCCGCCGUCACAGCCUACGCCUGGCUCAACAACAGCGGAAUGACGAACCAGCAAGGCCUCUAUACUGAUGGUUUCCACAUCAAAGGUUGGAAUCAUAACGGAAGCAUUGGGACUGCUAAAUGCGACAAAAGGAACGAGCAGGUCUAUACGUACAAUCAAGGCGUCAUUCUGUCCGGUCUGCGCGGACUCUGGGAAGGCAUAGGCCAUUCACAGUAUCUGGAGGAUGGCCACAAACUAGUCGACAGCGUCAUUAGAGCAACUGGCUGGGUUGAUGGAGCUCACAAGCCAUCCUAUGACUGGAAGGGCUUAGGCCGUAACGGCAUCCUCGAGGACGCCUGCGACAGCUGGGGUGAUUGCGACCAAGACGCUCAAACAUUCAAGGGUAUAUUCUUCACUCAUCUCGCACAUUUCUGUGAACCCUUACCACGUGAGCCUGUGGCCUCCGGAAUGACGCACUCUGCCUCUCCCGCCCUCGCAUUGUUGCACACCCAGGCCUGUCAAAAGUACACGCCAUGGCUGAAGCACAAUGCAUAUGCUGCUCUGCGAACCCGCGAUGACAAUGGAGUGUUUGGGCAAUGGUGGGGAGAGCCCGACUGUGACUGGGAAUUCCAGAUAUAUGGCAAAAGCACUUCGUGUACCAUCGGCGUCGCUGUUGAUGCUAAAGGUAAUGACGGCCACCGUAACUGGGGAGGAUCUGCGAAAUGGAGGCCCCUUGCUUGCCACGGGGAUUCACAAAGUAAUUGUACGCCGCACUAUGCUUCACGUGCCCGUAUCCCACAACGAGCCGGUCCGGUGCCAAUAUACUCGGCAGGUAGUAAAGAUGCCUCUACAACAAAGGACUCGAAUGACCGCGGGCGGGGCAGGACUGUCGAAAGCCAUAGUGGUGGUGUUGCUGUCCUCCGCGCCCUAUUCGAGCUCGACAGCCUUUGAGCUGUGGAUUUUCGUACAAUAAAACGAAAAACUGGGGCCACGAUAUCCUAGCAAUUUCAACACGUGGAUUCAAGUCAGUAUUACUUCGAGCCAUCAGGAGUGAACUGCUGCAGCUCUGCGCGCUGGAAAUGACCUUUAAUCUGCUCUUAUACGUUCUCUCGCGUGGUUCACUAGGUCGUAUCCCUUGGACCUGAACGGACUUGAACAA